AUGGGAUUGCUAUACUCAGCCCGAGCUCAUCAGCUCUUGGAAAUAGUUUCAUUCCUCCUGUUCACUCUUGUUUAUUCUGGAGAUUCCUGUCCCCUCCAAACCCCCUUAUACCCUCCACCGCGGGAUCUCCUCUCCAGCCAAGAUGUCAAGACGGCUUCCAAAAACCUCACUGAGGCGAUCGAAGAAGCCCUAACUACUGGUAGAACCGAUCUCGGCUCAUUACCUAUCAACACAACAACAUUCGCUGUUAAAGUAUUCUCCUCUCACACAGAGGACUCUAUAUACGAAUACCUCUACACUUCGCCAACGUACAGUCCAAAGUCCGGUGUAGGGGCAGAGAACACGACACUUGAUAGCGUUUAUCGGGUUGCAAGCAUUUCGAAACUGUUCACCGUCUUGACCCUGCUGGCACAUGACGGAUAUACCCAUUGGAACCAUCCGAUUACGGACUUUAUCCCCGAGCUAGACACAAUAGCUCGUAACCAGAGCUCCCGUAUUCAAUGGCGGGAGAUUACCAUUGGCGAUUUGGCCGCGCAGUUGAGCGGCGUGCCCCAUGAUUAUGGGUUUGAGGAUAUGGCCGGUGAAUUUAGCAACGAGCAAAUGAUGGCCAUGGGUCUUCCUGCAGUUCCUGCGAAGGAUAUCCCGACAUGCAAUCAGGGCGAAGGUGUAAAUGCGGGAAAUCCGUGCGAUAGAAAAGCAUUCCUCCGCGGUAUCGUCAGUGAAGAUCCGACGUUUGCUCCAGGUACCACGCCCGCGUACUCCAAUGCAGCUUACCAGCUGUUGCGCUAUGCGAUGGAGAACAUCACUGGAAUCGACUUCCUGUCCAUGUUCGAGAACAGCAUAGCCCAGCCCCUCAACCUGAACUCGACAAGCUUGUUCGUCCCGAAGAAUGCCAACGUUGGUAUCAUUCCGGUUAAUGAGACGGCCAGCGUGUGGGACUUUGAUUUGGGCGACGGCGACGCUUUUGGAGGUGCAUACUCGAGUGCCAAUGAUCUUGCCGUUAUUGGCCGUUCCAUUCUUCAAUCUCUUUCCGGUACCUCAGCAUUGAAUCUCUCGUCAACCUUGACCCGUCACUGGCUCAAACCAUUGAGCCAUACCACCAGUUUCAAGACCUCCGUCGGGGCUCCCUGGGAAAUAUUCCGCUACGAGCUACCGAACCGACCCAACCAUGCCGUCGAUGUUUACAGCAAAUCCGGGAACUUGGGAGCAUACGCCGAUAUCGUUGCGCUCAUUCCGGAGUACGAAAUUGGUUUCUCAAUCACAGCUGCUGAUCUGCCGACGAACCCUCUACCGAAUGUAUGGGGACUAGCAGACCUAAUUAUUGACCGGCUCUCUCCUGCAUUCGACAAGGCCGCCCAACAAGAAGCCAACAGCACUUAUGCGGCUACAUACAAGGCCCAGGGAGCUAAUUCUACGACUGAUUCCUAUGUCAGAAUUACAACAGAUCACCAGAAGCCCGGUCUUCAGGUGACUAAAUGGGUGAGCAACGGCGUCGACUUUCUUCAGUCUCUCGCAAGUCUUUCGGGGCUCGAAGAACUAGCUGUCACACUAUAUCCCACGGGUAUAGAGCAGACCGUGCAUGGAGAAUCGGCAAAGCGUGUAUUUUUCCGCGCCGUAUUCGACUAUGACGCGACUGGGCAGUCAAAGGGCGUUAUCUCUAAUUGUCAGUCUUGGCUCAAUGUCGAUGGCUCUCGAGUGGGUAACAUUGGUGUUGAUGAAUGGGUGUUUGCGAUUGAGAAAGGCCGGGCAAGCAGUGCUGAGCCCCGACUAAUGAGGAAGCGGCUGCGUCGGGUAUAGAAGGGUCAGUUGGUUUUAGCUCUAAGAUUUUGUGCACCAUGUUCUAAGAUUAGUUAAACACCAAAUAGUUAGAAAUAAUUAACAUGCUUGGUAGUAUAUUGCUCCGGGAAAAGUAUAGUACCGAUAUAUGCUGCUGAACCUCAUCUCCAUAGCUUCUAUAGGUAUCCUUCGCAAAUAAUAUUGCAGCUUAGAUUGUCAGGACACUGAGGGAAUUGUGAUAUUCAUACCAGACUUGGGCUCGGAAACGAUAUACUGGCGGAAUCCACUGUCCCGAAGCGGUGAACUUACUUGAC